UUUUUUUACACAGGGAGAGCAGAUAAGCUGAGUUUGCCUUGUAGAGAGGAGCAGGAGUAACAAUCCUGAACUGAGAGUCUCCUACACUUUCACUCUGCUGGCUUCACUAACAGUCUAGCUCCUCCUUUCCGCUCACUCGGUCCCUCUCUUGUGCAACCCUCCUUUUAGUUUGAAGCAAAAACACUGAGGUGGACCAACUUCCAGGAGACAGAAGGGAAAACUCAAGAAUACAUUUGCAACUCGCAGCCAUGAAGGACAAAACAAGGAGAGGAGGAGGAAGGAAUCAGGCCAAAAGUGAUGUAAUGAGCACGGCUGGUGGGAAGAGUGCUGUCGGUCUGAAGCAAGAAGAGGACUCGUCGUUUGCUGUGAAGAUCCAGGGAGCAGGGUUGGAGUCAUUUGAGCUGCAGGUGCACGGAUUUUGGCUCGUCCAAGACACACUCAUGUCCCUGCUGUCGAGGAAUGAGGUGUGUCCGCGCUCCAGCCUGUCACUUUCAUUCGCGGGGACGGUUCUGGAUCCUCUGGCAGAACUGCAAACUCUCAAGGGCCUUAAACCAGGAGCUAUCAUUCGCCUAGUGGAAGAGCCCUACACUGCCUGCUCUGCCAGGCUGCAUCUGGCCCGUGUCCUGGAGCUGCUACGUGCAUCUGGGCCUCAGGACGCCCUGAGAGAAGGACGCUCACCAAGCCUGCUGGACACACUCACUCAUGUGCAAACAACAGACUCCAGCCUACCAAAUGGAAAGAGCCUGAAACGCUCUUUAAGCAACACAAAAACAGACUCAACCAACCAGGAUGCAGCUCCCCCUGAGUACCUGCUCCCUGGUUCCACUGACAGACCACUCAUGGCCCUGCUACCACCCUGCACCCAGCCAGAGGCUCCCAGUUACUUGAGGGACCUCUGUCUGAGCUGCUGGAACCCACCUCCAGGACACAGGAAGCUGCAGGGAGACUUCCUGUACCUCUCCGUGACGACAAUGGAGGGCCGACAGUUUGAGAUCACUUGUUGUCCCAAAGGUUUCUUCCUCAACAGGUCUACUGAAGAUGUCUUUGAUCCUCGUCCAGCACAGUCUUCUCCAGUUCAUCACUGUCUCACUGAUCUGCUCUGUCACGUCAGCCCUGCCUUCAAAACUACCUUUACCACUCUCAAAAACAGACCUCAGUUACCACCAGUAGAGGUGACGCCGACUCCUUACCACACGAUGAGUUGGCUCGGCCCCCCCUGUGCCUCCCGCACCCACAAAAACACCUUCAGCAGACUGGGAGUUGAUGAACAAGCAGCAAGACAGACCCCAGACUGGAAUGAGGAGUUGCAAGCGGCCCGAGAUCUUCCUCAAAGCAGCGUGGAGGAGAGGCUGCACAGAGACAGAGCCAUGCUGCAGGUAAACAGUGGAUUUGUGAGGGCUGUCAUGCAGGGGGCAGAGACUGUCGUAGACGGCUUUGUGGAGCCAGUGAAUGGAAACCCAGAGGACCCGGCCUUCCUUUGGGGUGGUCUGUUCAUGAGCCAGGGGGCAGCAAGUGCCAUGUUUGGUGGAGAAAGAGGACGCAGGGCAGCUCAGAGGCUGGAGCUUAAAGGAGUACAAGCUUACAGCAACAUAGAGGGGCUGGAAGAGCUCCACACACUACCUACAGCCAUUGUGGACUACAGAGGUGUCCGCCUGUCUGCCCAGGGUCUGGCUCCUGGCUUGGAAGGCUCAGAUCAAAGUGAAGAAAAUUCUUCUGCCUCAAGAGGCUUGCUGUAUGGAAUAAAUGCAGGACCUCAAGAGUCCGCUCAACGCAGACGUCUUCUCGGGCUCUUGGCUCACGCCGCCAAGUGUCUUUCUCUCCAGAGACAUGUCGUUGUGGCGCCCAGUGGUCUCCGGGUACCACUGUUCACCUCAGUGGACGCACAAGGAAUGUUAGGAGGCGAUGGGAGGUUCUACAUACUGGACGUGUUCAGGAGCUUCCCAGCUGAUGUCAACUUCUGUCCAGACGUGGAGGCAGACUGUCAGACAGUCACUGGAGAAGAGGAGAAGAAAGAAUGCUGUGAGAAGGAGGAGGAGGAGGAGGAGGAGGAGAAGAAGGGGGGUUGUGUAAAAGAAGGAUGGCCAGAGAAUUAUCACACAAAUUCUGGGCUACCGCACACCUUCCCUCAUGGCCUGUGUAGACUGAGGCCAGAGCUGGUGCAGGCUUUCAUCCAGCACAAACACUACCAAUACACUCAGCGUGUCAGGGAGACAAUGGAAGAGAAAGGAGGCUUUGAAGAAUGUGCAACAGCUGGUGACUCUCGAGCCACUGAUGCAGUACGAGCUGCUUGUAAAGCCGUAGGAUCGGUUAGUGACAUCAUCUUUGAGAUGCGACUCAACCCAAAUGUCCUUUCUCCAGGAGUCACCUUCCCGCCUGGCGAAAGUUCAUCACUUGACCUGCAGAAGAGGUUACUGAAGGAAGCAGCAGCUUUUGUCAUCACGCACCAGAUACCAGACUUUGUGACGCACUGCCUAGAAAACUAUGAGGCGCCCAUGGACGGAGCUUCUCUAAAAGAGGCGCUGCACCAGCGAGGCAUCAGUCUCCGGUAUCUGGGACAUGUGAUGAAGGCCAUCAGUGACUCAGAACACAAGGAGAGCCUGAGGCAUAUACUGAGAUCAGUGGUUGGUGAAAUCUUUAUUCGCUCCACAAGAAGAGUGUUCAACAAUUUCCUCCAGGGUGUGGAUGUGCCAAGUCUCUGUGCAGCUAUCAGUCACUUCCUCUGCUGCCUAUUGGUUCCUCACUUCACGCCCACUACUGGAGGGGAGGACACGAAAAAGAAGUCAAGGCGGCGAGGCAGAGGGGCUGGGCCCAGUGAAAGCCUGCCCUGGAGCACACUCACAGGGCCUGAGUUGUGGAACCUGGUCUGCCAGGACACUGUUGAGACAUACAACAUCCCCGGCAGCCUCGUCUCUGGACCAAACCACCUCGUGGAGCACUAUGGCCUUCAGAAAAUCUCUCUGCUCAGAGAGUUCUGUUUAAAGACCGGCGUGCAGUUGAGAUUGAGGGACUACAUCCUUGACAACCAGAGCAAAGCUCCCAUUGGACCAGACGACGUCCUCAACAUCCUCCCUAUUGUCAAGCACAUUUACACGCCAACCUCUGAUGCUUCUAAAGCAUAUCGCGCUGCACAGAACGCCAUUCAGAAAGGCCUGCUGGAUCAGGCCCACGAGCAUCUGAAAGAGGCCGCCUACUUGUUUGGUAGGGUGUGUGAUGACCUGCACCCUGAGGCAUGUUACUGCAACACCCUUUUGGCCAGGGUGGCCUUCCUGCAGGGAAAAACUGCGGAAGCUCGCAGUGUCCAGCUGAAAUCCGUGGUCAUCAGUGAGAGGGUGCUUGGCUUCGACCAUCCGAACACUAUCCUGCAAUACACCCUCCUCGGCGUGUACAUGUAUGCUGGAGGGGAGAUGGUGCUGGCUCAGAAGUGUUUCCUCAGAGCUCGGCUGCUGAUGUUGACCGUGCAUGGAGAAGACCAUCCCUACACCGCAACAGUGGAUAGCUGUCUUGGGUUGAUGCUGACAGGAGAUCAGUCCGGCCAGUUCCUAAAGAGCUCCCUGAGACUCCACACUUCCUUCUACGGCCCCACAGACUUGCACACUGCUCUCAGUCAGCACCUGAUGGCCCAGUGGCUGUGCAGUAAAGGAGAAUACCGCAGUGCUAUGAGCCAUGAGAAAGAGGCCCUGGCUGCUUCGACCAUCUUGUUUGGAGAGAACCACGCACAGACAAGCUGCCACAAAGAGUUCCUGUCCACCAUUACCAAGCAGGCCGUGCAGGUGGAACGCUCUCUCAGACAGGCAGGAGCUGACAGUGCCGAGCAAACAGUGGAGUGUCUGACUCCCACAACUGACAGCAUUUUGGAGCAGAUGGUCCUGAUUACAGGAAUCAGGAAGAUAACAAAAAGUGACAGGUACCAGGAGUACAAACAGAAACACGAGGAACUCAAGGCAGCCGUGCGAAAAGAACUGGGACUCAAACUUCCCAGCGAGCUCGCCGCCCUCGAGACUGCGAAGGGAGGAGAGAAAAGCUCCGAUAAAGAAACCGAACAUGGGAAGGAAGCUGGGGAUGGAGCGGAGAACAACAGCGGGCAGGCUGCUGCCAUUUCAGCUAAUGGUCAUGAGGUGGGGCCAGCUGAUGAGGAUGAUAGUGACAGAGCCGCUUCAGAUACUGGAGGUGAGAUAGUGAACGGGGAGUCAGAGCACAAAGCUGGAGCAGCAGCUAAUGGGGAGGUGGAGUCAGACAAGAAAGAUGGUGAAUUAAAUGGAGCAGGGACUGCGACAGUUAGUCCACCGGUCCUGAAGUGUAAAAAGACCUGGGCCGAUAUUGUUUCAAACGCGAGUAUAGUCAAUGGAACACGAGAUAAAGACAGCGCAGUCAAUGGAGUUGCAGACGGUGUCACUGUCAAUGGAACAGCAGACGAAUGAACACAUGUCAGACACAGACAGACUUUUCUGAUGCAAUAUUGAUACAUCUGGACUCCGAUAUCGAUUUUCUUCUUCUUUCUAUUACGUCGAUUUUACCAUUAAAUCACAUUAUACAUGACAGUAACAGUCAUUUAGUUUUAGCAGGCUUGGUCAUCUUCUUGCAGUUGGACACUUUCUGCUCUCGGUUUUAUUCUAUGCACUUUAGAUCUUCUCAACAUGCCUUCAUUCAUUCAUUCAUUCAAGUGUCAGCCUCUCUUAACACACACACACACACUCACGUUAGGUCGGGUCUUCCUCCAUCUCCUUCUGGAAAAUGAGUCUGUGUCUGCUCAUAACGUCCUGCACACAUUGAAACAGCCAAUCACUGUUGACAGGACGCCACAUGCUUACUGACUCACUGGUGCUGACGAGAUUAGGUACUGAAAUUUGGUGUUGAAUGACAUAUUUCUUAGGUGAUUCAGAGGACGUUUGAUACUCACUUGAUACCACACAAGUAUUGAAGUUCGAUACCCAACCCACAUUUUUUUUUUUUUGUUUUUUUCAAAGACACUGCUGUAAAAUAAAAGUCUCAGAGGUGAUUUGAUCCAGUGAUGCACACAAUUAAGAUAAGAGUGUGAGAGGAUGAGUAUUACUUUGUGUUGAAGACAAUAUUACUGAUGCAGGGUGAGGGCUGUACUGAAGUGACUUGUUUUCCCCCCCCAACAAUAAACUUUUUACUCUGUA